UCUACGUGCACGCUCAACAGUGCAGGAAAAGGGCCAUAGAAAGGACAGAAAUCCCAGGAAGUGAAGUCUGCGGGCUCCAUCCCGAAAGAUGAAUCAUUUUGGCAGCGAAUCUGCACAAAAGUCUCGUCUAAACUAGAGGGUGCCGCCAGAAGCCCAGAUCAGAGGGGGAAGCCUAGUCCAAGAUGGAGGACAGUCAUGAUGCAGGAGCAGAUGCCAGCACAGAUGAUGUAGAAAUAUCUGCUGCAGCACCAAAAGGCCGAGGGAGAUUGAGAAUCUGCAAGCAGUGCAAGUUCACCUGUACAGACUCUAUCGAGUUCCUCCAACACCAGACAAAAGCUCACGGUGAAGGGGACGAUAGUCAUCCGUCGAAGAAGGCUGCACUCAAAGUGGCAGCCAUAAAGAAAAGAACUUCCAGAAGUGAAUCUGAGAUCUCAAUGGAGAGCAUGGCCUCUGAAAAGGUUAACGGAGAAGAGGUUCAAUAUGCUAUGGAGAUGUACGAUGAACCAGAACAUGAAGAUGAUCGGCUGAUCAUUGCAGAAGAAAAUGAUCAAACUGAUGGACAAGACCCUUCUUCAGUAACACCAACCCGAUGUGGAAAUAUUCAAAACAGGACGUAUGUAUGCAACGUGUGUGAGUUCACCUCCACUAGUGCCAAAACAUACCUGCACCACCAGAAAGAUGAGCACAAGUAUGACUUCACCAUAUAUGAAUGUGACAUUUGUGAGUACGCAACCAAGUACAAGCAAAAGCUGCCCCGACACCGCAAACUUCACUUCUCAGGGCAGGAGGGUAUGCUACUGCAGAACAGCACUUUUGAAGAAACUCCAAAUAACUCUAUCCUGAAUCAUAGUCAGGAAGAAGAAACCAUUGGGGAGGAAGAUGACGAUGAAAUAGAUGAUGAAGAAGAAGACUCUAUUGUCACUGUCAUUCCACAGCCUGUCAUUGAAGUCCCUUUUAUCCCGGAGAAAAAGAAAAAAACUCGCCAAGAGGUGGACCCAGCUAAAUACUUCGAGGUUGUGGAUGACACUGGUAUAAAGUAUGCCUGCUCCAGCUGUGGGAAUGUGUACAAGUGGCGCAAGUCCCUCAACAAACACUGGAAAGAAAAGCAUGGAGGAGAGGUGCCUGACGGGAGCAAGAAACCACCUGGUUUGAUGUAUCUUGUAAAUUCAGGUAAUCACACCAUGUAUGGCAAGAGACGCAUCUACAGCAACAGCGUUCUAGCAAGCAUGCAACAACCAUCAACUGCCAAGUCACCCUCCGUGUCCCAGUCACCAAGCCUGGUUCGAGCAGAAACACCAGUCAGCAUGGGCUCAUUGAUGAAUGGUCCCUCGCCAAUAACAUCUGAUUAUACUGAAACCACUUCGUCACAUCCUGUCGUCUUCCCCAAAUUCAUUGGUCCUUUUGUGAACAACACCACCCCCUCAGCUUACACACCACAAGCUGCUACCUCGAUACAAGAUUACGUGUCUGCUCAUAUUCAGAGACAAAAGGAAGAGGUUUUGAGUUCCAAGAGGACCCCGAGGUCACCACAGUCUAAUUCAGGGUCACAAGAACAACCUUUGGACUUUUCCGUCAGAAAGGAUGAUAAUCCUACUCUUGAUCCCAGCUUCUUCAAAGUCAAGAUGGAACCUUUAUGGAUGGGCGACGAAGAUCCAAAGGCUUCCCUUAAUGAUGAAUCAGGCAAGAAUAACAAUGCCAUUCUACAGUGUACCAAAUGUUCCUUUGUAGCUAAAACAUUGGUCGACUACAGCUCACACAUGACUUUGCACCUCAACAGGCGGGCUUUCAAAUGUGCCGUCUGCCAAGAACAUUUCAAUGGAGUUGAAGAUCUGAACAAACAUUUCCUUGAUGAGCAUGCAGAGAAAAUCCAAGAACACAAGGAUGCCAUUCAGAAAAUCCCCCAUGGCUUGCAGCAGACUUACCACUUGCUUAAGAUGCCACUGGAUGCCAUCACUCACCUCUCAUCCCAGGAUCUUUCCUCCACUGAUUCCAAGCAGUUGAAGUGUAACAUGUGUGACUUUGUAGCCAAGUGGCCCGCAGAGCUCCAAAAGCAUGCUGUGUCACAUUCAGAAGAGCGUCCGUUCAUGUGCAUGGUCUGUGGAUCAACAUACAAAUGGAAAUGGGACCUUGUCAAACACUUUGAGAAGAGUCACCACACCCUACCAAAUCCUUACAAGAGACGUGAAACUUUGGGAGGAGGAGCCAGCAAAUCUAACAACAAUGACCUGAACCACAUCUCUGCUGAUGACAGCCUCCUGUACUCUUCCACUGCUGAUGAUUUGGAUGAUCUGGCCUUUAUGCACAGGGAUGGUGAACCAAUGUCCAAACGCAGGCGGAUGUCCGACUCUGAUAUGCCAGAGUUAAUUCCCAAACCGAGAGAUGAUGACCAUAUUGCUGUAUUUGAUGAUGGCAGAGACUUGGGCAUAGGUAAAAAUAUACUGGAAGCUCCAUCACUGUAUGCUGAAAGACCCUCGUCAUUGCCUAACAAGUUAGACUCUUAUGGUGAUCCAGACAACUCUAACGAUGAACACAGCACAAGUUCCAUCAAGAUUACUAAUGUGCAGUCCCUGUACGAUGACGAGAUGGACUACAUGUUGUAUAAGCAAGAUGCUGACAAUAUGAUUAAACGACCAGUAGCAGAAGAAACACAGAAGGCCAUUGCUGCAACAGUGCGGCAAAGAUUGAAUAACAUAGAUUCGCAAAAGGUCCUGCAAACUGACAUGAAUUCCAACAACAUUAAUUCAUCAUGUGCUGAUAUCCUGUUGCCAUACAAGUGUCCCAAGUGUGAGUAUAGAGCAAGGUGGCCAUCGGAGAUCACCCAGCACAUGAAGAAUCACUCUGACGAGAAGCCAUAUCACUGUCCUCGAUGUAAUUACAGGAGCAAGUGGAAGUGGGAUGUAGUCAAGCACCUUAAGCGAUGUGGUGGUGGAACAAUUAAAGAUGUCAUCGACACUUCUAGAAGCAUUGGCAGUAAACGUAUAGCUCCUCCCAAUGUCACAGUCCUACCUGAAGGCAAACUCCAACAGCAGACGCCCCAACCUGUUGCUUACCUCGUCAGCUCCAACAACACUGAUCAUACAGGAGGGCAGGGAGCUGUCAUUGUACCGAUCAUGGCCGGCCAGUCACAAGGAGCUCCACCUCUGAUAUCUGCAAAUCAAGGGAACACUCCAAUCCAGCCGAAGCCAGUCAAUACAGGAUCUAGUCAGCAAGUCAAACAAGGCAAUAACUCUCAUUCAUCCAAGCAGCCUGUAUUCAGAAGCCUCAUCAACCAGGGUCUGUAUCACUGUCUAGAAUGUCCUUUUGUAGGUCACAGCCCAGCUGAACUUAAACGCCACUCUGUGCUUCAUUCAGAGAACAAACCCUUCACCUGUGGGACCUGCGGCUACAGCUCACGAUGGAAGUGUGAUCUCAAGAAGCACAUGAGAACCUACAACCACUUUUCCAGCCAAGUGUCAAGAUCUCCAGGGCUUAAUGGAGAUGAUUCAGGCCAUACAGAUAGUGACGAGCCUGAUCGUCCAGAAAGACAAGUGUUCACCUGCACUAAAUGCCCAUAUGCUACUACUAAACAUCAUAUCUUGGAAACUCACAUGAAAAUCCAUAGGACGCCAUCAUCAUCUUCAUCAUCUCCUGCCAAGUUCAAGUGUAAGCAGUGUGAUUUCCAAGUGAAUGAUCUCUCAAAUUUCCUCCAACACAGAGUCACACACUCCAAUCAAAAUGCAGCCUCUUCUGCUCAAGCCUCUCCAAGUCCAUCUGAUGCUCAGAGACAUGAAGAAAUUGACGCUGCCCCUAAGCACCCGAGAAAGGCUAUGAAGAGGCUUCAGUGCUCCAAAUGUGACUUUGUAUGCUCCAAAAGAGAAACCAUGGAAGUUCAUGAAGCUGAACAUGAAAAAGAACUGAACUAUAAAUGUUUCUAUUGUGACAUGACCGUGAAUGAUAAGGAAUCGCUGCUUGACCAUAUCAGUACUCAUUCAGAGUUCAACCCAGACGAGUGGGAGACAUUUUUUUAUGGAAGACGACCAGUCGGAAGAAGAGGAUAUCAUCUUCCAGAACCCACAAAGUUACCUGUGGCUAGAUCAACUCCAACAGAUGCCAUUGAUGUACCGUCUCCACCUCCUCUGAAGAUGUUCCAUCCCAACCAGCAAAGGGCUAAUGCAAUUGCUCAGAAAGACUUCCAUUCAGUUGGGCCACCUCAACUACACAUUCCACGAUCUAUGGCAAAUAGUUCACAAGUGAUGUCUUCCAAAUCAGUUUACCCCCAGUCUUCUUCACAUUUAUCACUUGUCAGUGGUAAUAAAGAACAAAGUUCAGGAUCUAUGUUAUCGAUACAUUCCAGAAACAUUCCUCAACAGCAAACCUCCAGAUCCAACCAUGUAUCAGGCCAAGGAUAUGAACAUUCCACCUGGAAGAAUAUCAAGCCAGCCCCAACAGUUGCACGUAAACGCUUCACAUGUGAGUGGUGUGAAGCCAUGUUUGCCCAUGUCACCACACUGUAUCAGCAUGCCAAGAAUGUACAUCCUCUAGAACUCCGCAAACAGGAAUUGGCUGAAGCAGCUCGGUCAUAUCCAGAUUCUUCAUCAAAUCAUCAUGCACCAAAUCCAAAUCUACAGAGACCACAGCCGAGACAGCUGCAGCAGCAGCAGCAGCAGCAGCAGCAACAAUCCAAUCGACCAAAGCCUCUGAAUUUGGUAUCAAGUCCUCAGUAUCACCAGCCUAAACAGUCGGUAGUAUCUGAGAAUAAGCGUCAGUUUCUUGAUACUUUAAGACACAUCCUUCCAAACGACAGCAAACAGAGCAGCGUUCUUAACACACAUGUCAAAUCACAUGGCAUGACUGCUGAAAACAUUACUAGUACACUGAUGAGAGCUAAGAAAAGCACCAGCCCUCAGAAGAAAGCCAGAUCUUUCCAGUGCACCAAGUGUCCCUUUACUGCACCAAAUGCUGUCACGUAUCUUCGUCAUAUUGAACGCCAUGGCAGUAACUGCAAGCAUACCUGUUGGUUCUGUGAUUACAGCAUUGACCGCCUUAACCUCCUUUAUCAACACAUGAAGGGAUCUCAUUCCGACAAGUGGAAGGGCUCCGAAAGUGACAUGCAGCUUCCGGCAGGCCCUGCCCCUACCUAUCCCAUCAUAGUAGAGGAUGAUCCACACACCAUGGAGAAAAUCAGAGCUGAACUUAACUUUGCAAAUAACUACCAGAAGAACAAGAAACCUGUCCUGAUCCUCAAGGAACAGAUGACCUGGAGAGGAGUCCCCAUCCAGAUCUGUAGUAUGGAUGGCAAGAAGAGCUACAAGUGCCCCAAGUGCUCAUACGUUAAUAGCAAUAUCGCCAAUGCUGCGAACCAUGUCCGUCAACAUGGCUCAAACAGAAAGUACCAAUGUAAAUACUGUGACUACUGCAGUGACAAUCUGAAACUGAUCUACCAACACAUGGACAAAGUUCACCCCAAGGAACCAGCAUUCAUUGAAGUCACCAAGAAUAUUGAAGUGGGUUCUGCAGACAAUGACUCCGAUGAGAGAGAGAAUGCUGAGUUGGAGGGAGAAAUGGAUGCAGAAAUGGAAGCCAAUAUGGAGGAGAAUAUGCUGAUGAGCUGCCCGAAGUGUCCGUUUAAGGCGAAGUUGUAUGACAUCUACCGUGCCCAUGUGUUGAUGCACUCUUACAAUGGGCAGUACAAGUGUGAGCACUGUGACUACAGUGUGGAUGAUCUGGGUAUCCUGACCCGCCAUGCUGUUGUACAUGAAGGGAAGAACAAUGAAAAAGACGGCAGUCUGACACCUGAAAAGAAACACUUCACAAGCAUGCUGAACCUGAAGAGAGUGAACGAUGAAGCUCCUUUGGCCAAAAAGUCCAGUCCAAACAAAGCUGCUGGCCUGGCCACAAAGCUUCUGACCAUGCAGGCCAGGCAAGUUCUACAGAAGUCUCGUUUAAGUGGCCGUGUUCGCUAUAGGUGCUCUAGAUGUCCAUACAACACCUUCUGUAAGAACAACAUUAUCAAACAUCGUAAACAACACAUUAUCAAGAGUCGCUACAAGUGUCCUCUUUGCAACUACAGUGCAAGUCGAGCAUACCUGCUCCAGCAGCAUAUCAAAUUCCAUAAAACUGAAAACAGCAAUAAUGAGAACUCUGCUGAGAAGAGCUACCAAGACGUAGUCUUAGAUCCUCUAGAUAAGAGCAACAAAGAAUUUGAUAAGCUGCAAGAAGAGAUUGAGGCAGAAGCUGAAGCUCAACCUGAUGGAGCAGGAGAGGAGGAAGAGGAAGACAUUGAGAUGGAAGAAGACAUCAUGGACGCCGAGCCUGACGGGGAUGAAGAUGAACCAGAUCUGGCUGACACAGAUAUGGAAGAAAAGGCAGAUGCCGAACACACUGGUGAAGAGAGUGAAAAUGCUUUGUCCAUUCUGUCACAGCACCGGAGUUACAGAUGUAAAGACUGCCCCUUCAGCAGCAACUCUGGGGCAGAGUUCCGUAAACACUGCCUGCUUCAUGGUGCUGCACAUAGGUACAAGUGUGAGUUCUGCUCAUACAGCCUGGACAGACUUAACUUGCUGACCCAGCAUCGUCGACUUCACGCUGAUGAACCAGACUUUGAUCCUGCUCCACCACCAUCUGCUCUUCUAAAUCUGGAUGUCCUCCGACUGGAAUCUGAGAAAAAUGUAGAGAAAGUAUCUUCUACCCUCGAGAACAAUGAAAGUGUUGAGCCUGAACCAGUGGAGGAGAGUGAGAGUGAGCCUAUGAGGUACUCCUGUCCCAACUGCCCUUUUAAGAGUAAUGCACUCAAGAGCUACAAUGUUCACUUCCAGAUGCAUGGCUUAAAGAAAAAGUAUAUCUGUGACUACUGUGAUUGGAGCAUUGACAGACUAAACCUACUGUAUCAGCAUAGGAGAGUGCACACAAAGCAACCAGGGUUCAACCCAAGUCCUGAUGAAAUCAACAUCCUGAACAGGGACUAUGCUCUUGAAGCCCCAGGAAAGUUUGAGGCUCAGAUCAUGGGUUUCAAUAAACAUGUUGAAAAUGAUAAUAAAAAUAAAGAGACUGUUGAAAAGAAGAAUUUGUACAGCUGUAAAAGUUGUCCAUUCAGUACCAGCAACAAAAACAGCUUUGCCUACCAUAAGAUGCUGCAUCGAAUGCGAGCUCGCUACAUGUGUCCUGAAUGUACCUACAGCGUUGAUCGAUGGAAUCUCCUGAACCAGCAUCUGCGUCUUCAUCAGGACACAAAGAAACAGCAGGCAUCAGAGGAACAGCAGCAGGGGCAGAUGAAAUGUCCCAAGUGUCCUUACUUAAGUCCAAGCACUGAGAUUUUAGAAUCUCAUCUAAGCAUGCAUGGAUCUGAGAACAAGUUCAACUGCCAGUUCUGUGACUUCAGUGUUGAAACUAUUGGCCAUUUGCAGCAACAUGCAAAGGUUCAUGAAGAAAGAUUGAAAAGCUUGAAGUCUCCUGCUACAAAUGGUGACCAUGGAAACUCCUAUGAGCCAGGAAGUCCUGAUGUUGUGAAUCCCCAGCUGUACUUCAGUUCACCAGAUGACACCAACCUCAGCGAGGACAGUGAAGAAAUGGAGCUGAAGUGUGACAGGUGCCCAUUCAGCACUACCUCUAAGGAGGAACUGGAUCGCCAUGACAACCAGCACAACACACCUAACUGCCUCCCUUGUAGCUAUUGUGACUUCAGCUGCUCAGUUGAAGAAGAACUCCAGGACCACAUCGAGGUCCACUUCCCAGGUACAGCAGUUGAUAAGGAGGUGAUUAAGUCUAUCAUCACUAAAUAUCAACUGGAGAAGAACAAUAACAGCCUGACUGAAGCACCAGCAUUGAACCAAGUGGCGAAGUCCAACACAGAGACCAGCACCCCAGACUCCACUGUGGAGGAAGAGCAGAAGGCUGUGAAGGACUCCGAGGAAGAGGCGGUAGUGCCAGGGCCAACGACAUCCACCAGUUCCAGGACCAAGGUGUAUGUGUGUCAGUAUUGUGAACGUGAGUUCGAGAACAAGAGUCUAAUGAUGCAGCAUGAACGCCAGCAUCUGAUUGGUCAUCAAUACUGAACCUUUUCCAAUAGACAAAGAGCAUGAGUAGACAAGGAUUAGUUUCCAAAAAUCUUUUACCAAGCUACUGACUUUAUUCUUUUAUGAAUCUUUAGCGUAUUUAAAUUUCAUACCAGAAGUGCAACUUGCUGAGGUGACAUUUAUUCAGUGUAUCCAGUGCUGUGAGUCAAUCAUUCAAGAUAUGUGAAUCAAAGGAUGCUGAUGUUGAUAGACUGAAUUUAUGAGUAGCGAUGAAUGAAUGUUUUAUGUGAAUAUUAUGCAAAGACAGUGACUGACCUUGAGCUAUAAGUGCAAUUAAGAGUGAGAGGUGACACCGAUGCAAGUGCCAGUGAAGUUGACAUUCCGUAGUUGUAAUUGAAAGUGCUGUAGAAAGACUUGCUGGUCUUCUAGUUGUGAAGGCAGAGACAAAUAUAAAGGGAUUGUUUUCAGCAACUGUGGAAACAAUCACUGCCAUGUGGAACUACAUUUCCUCGGUGGAAGAACAUACAUGACCAUCAGAAUGUGUGUCGGGAUUCUUUUCCAUGGUGAAAAGACAUAUUGCUGUGAAUGACAGUAUAGAUGGGUGGUGACCUUCUUGAACAGUGGUGUGACCUUCAUGAACAAUGGUGACAUGUAUCAAGAUAUGAACACAACAUCUGCCAUAAUACUAUUUUACAUGCUUACCAGUAAACUCUGACCAUGUGCUGGUUUAGGAUUUGAUAUCCCUCAUUAGCAAAGGUUUCAAAGAUGGUGAUAGUAUGGUAUUUUUUAUGAUAGUUACAUGUCAGCUUUUACUGGUAUGUUCAACCGAGCCAAACUGAGUGGAGAGGACAAAUCAAUGCUUCAUAUACUGGUUGUUUAUUCAUUCCCAGGAAGAAUGCAUUAUACUGUGGAUACUUGUUUGUAAAUAGAUUAUAAUCAUGCAGAACACUAUUCUUCCAUUGCAAGCAAAUGCAGAAAAGUAUUUUUAGCAGUACAACGAACACAGAUUAUACAACAUUGAAAUGGGAUGAACAAUUCUGAUGUCAGAAAUAUUUUAUUGUCUGGCAGAAAUAUUAUUUUUUCACAGUUGCCUUGCAGUUUAUAUAUUUGAGGGUUUGACUUGGGACAAAUUUCGCUGACUAUGCACCUUUGUACUGCUGACGGGAUUGCCCGGUCAUUUCAGUGGGUAAUAUAUAUGCAUUUGAUGGAGAGUUUCCAUUCAAUGUUUGUAAAUACUAUAAAACAUAAAGGGACAUUAUUUUGAUAAGAUAUUUUGGUAGUCUACAGAUCGGUGCUGGUGGAUUUACUGUGAUGAUUGUACGAAGUAAUGUGUAUCAGAUUAGUACCAUUGAUGUGUCAUCAAUUCCUCCAAAUUCCUGACAAAACUGCCACUCAUGUGCAAUUAGUACACUGGAAAUCAUUUUGUAUAUUUAUGGAGAUGGAAAUCCUGUUAUGCAUAACAAAUUUACUGUUGAACAAAUCAUCUAGUGAAACUUUUGAUCAAACGUUUCUUAGUUUAUCCACUUAUUUUAUCAGGUAGAUUUCUUAGAUCCGUUAGUUUUCAGUGUUGUAAUGCUGUUGUCUGUUCUUCUCCUAGAAAUCAUAUCCUGUACCUCGGAUGUUUUCUCCAAUCUCAUGUACAUUCCAAUAUUGAAAAUUGCACCUCUUCCUCAUGGAUACUAUUGUACGCACAACUAGCUAAGUACAUUGUAUCAGUAAUUAAUUUUGACUUGAGCAAUAAUGCAUUUUUAUACACAAACCUAACACUGUACAGCAUCAUUUCCAAGUUUCAGGAACUAGAAAUUAAAUGUGAUUACAGUUGGAAGUCAGAUUUCAGUAUAAAUAGAUAUUACAAUUGAGGUCACAAAACAGUUUGAGACUAGUAAGAAAAAAACAUGCGAUAAAAUUAAUUCUGAAUGUGUUGAAUGAAAUUCAGUAACUAUGAUAUUGAGCUGAAUUUUGAAACUUGAUGAAAUUCACUUGAUAGUGCAAAAAUUAAUUUGGAAAAUGCAAGCAAUGAAAUGUCCAUGUAAGUUUGAGAUAAAUUCUUUCUUUUGUUACUUAAUGCCAGAGAAAGAAGCUAUCUGUGAAGUUCUGUUGUUGCCAAAAGUGGCUGCUUCCAUUGUCGACAGUAUGCCUAUGUACGCACCUAUGCAGAACAUAACCAAUGUGGCCUACAUGUUCUUAUUUAUGUUGUACUCUAAUCCAUUUAACUUGUUGCCUUCAAAUGAACAAAGCCAGAAACAACAUGUAUUUUUGUUAAUGAAUGUUUAUGCAAAAGUGGCCAGAUUGCAACAAAGAGUAUAUAUUUUGUACUAAAUUUUGUUAAUAGCACGUGCCUUCCUACAAUGAUAUGUACAUUCCAAAGAGCUGAAAUAGAGUAUGAUUUGUUCAAUUCUGACAGUUGUUGCCACUAUUCAUGAUAAAUGCCUGAUCUGUUUGGCUCUCAACAUUUUCACAAGGCAAAUUCCAUUCCAGGCUGAUACCAAGGACCCAGUCUGUUUUAUAUACAUGUUACAAAAGUGCACGAAGCCUGUGUUGAAUAAAUCCUGGGAGAGCAACUGGUUGAAAUUUACAUGUUUACAAGUUCAGGAAGUGUCCUUAUUGUAAAAUUGGGAUGAUACCCAGUAUAUUUUGAGAUACAUUGAUCAAUUGUUUGAUAGCAUAUAUACGUUAUCUUUCACACAAUAUGCCUGCCAAAAUAGUUCUGUUUAUUUGUGAUCCUUGUUGUGAAGGAAGACAGCCAUUUCCACAUGUUCAUUUUGUAAGUCAUUCAACUCUUUGCAGGUUUGCCUACUCAACUGUUUGCCUUUCCUGAGAGAAAAAAAAAGCACAAUACGUCUUAAAAAAGUUGUUAGCUAAACAAUGACGUCCAGCAGUGAGAUAUAUUCUUCUUUUUUUAAUAAACCUUUUACCUUCCUGUAAAUGUUUGAGGGGUGUGACAUUGGAACCUAUUGACUCAUUUUCAUGACAUUGUUAAACCACAAAUAUUGUACAUGACUCAAAGAUUUGGGAAAUAACACUUCACGCUAUCUGUGCUAUCUGUACAUUCCAUCACCUCUGAUGACUUUUUUUUUCAUUUGUUUUUUUUUAACUUCUCAACACAUUUGCAGUUUACUUUGUAGAAAGUAAUUGAUUGAAAUAGUGAUCAAAUGAUUUGCUGGUUAUUUUUGCUAUAAGAUGCCAUUCCUUUGUACCUUUUCAUAACAUUCCUACCACAGUGGUCCAAUGCAUAUAGGGCCAUGUUGUAUUUAUAACUGAACAAUUUUAGCUUGUUUUAUUUUCAUGUUGUUUGUAUUUGCCCUUGGCAUAUGCCAAUAUUGCAAUAUUUAGGUGCUAUAUGUUCUGUAUAUUUGAUUUAAGGCACCCGGAUAGUAUAUAUAAUUGAGGCUUGAUUUCUAGAGAUUUCAGCACAGUAGUAUGUACUCCAAUUUAGUUUCACGCUCUUCUGUUUUAAAUCCAUGGUUUCAAUGGUUGAUAUCAUAAGUUAAUCAAAUCAUAAUAAAAGUUCAUUUUGCUUGAAAA